AUUUGAAAGAGUCGUCGUUGGUUAGCUGAAGUGGUGGGACCCAAUGGAAUCCGAUCCAAACAGGUCUGUCAUCUUCUCCGAUUGGCUUCUUCCUAUCUCCUUACUCCUUUCAAUCCCAUAAACAUAAUCACUUCUCUCUCUUCUUUCUCUCUCUAAAACGAACUUUCUCCAUUUUCCUUUUCACUUUCUCGUCAUCCAAACACUCAAAAAAUCAAACCACAACGAAAUUAAAGCUUAAUUACCGGUUAAUUAAUGGCGUCGUCGACGGCGAUACUUAAUGUGCCUACCAGUGUUGGAGCAAUCAAGGGUUUGGAUUGUCAAAGCUACGUCGGUCUUCGACCUUUGGUGGUUAGUGUGAGAAGUUUUGAUUCUGUAGCGAUUAAAUCCAAGACUAGCCGUAGAUUUGUAGUUCGAGCUAGCGAAACUCAUAGCGGACCUUUUAAGAAGUUGGGAUUGAGUGAUGCUGAAUGUGAAGCUGCUGUUGUUUCCGGAAAUGUUCCUGAAGCGCCGCCUGUUCCUCCGAAGCCGGCUGCACCAGCUGGAACUCCUGUGGUUUCUACGCUUCCAAUAAAUAGGCGGCCUCGUCGGAACAGGAAAUCACCUGCGUUUAGAGCAGCAUUUCAGGAAACUACAUUAUCCCCUGCGAAUUUUGUCUACCCACUUUUUAUUCAUGAAGGUGAGGAGGAUACACCUAUUGGAGCUAUGCCUGGAUGUUAUAGGCUUGGCUGGAGACAUGGACUUGUGGAAGAGGUUUCGAAGGCUCGGGAUGUUGGUGUCAAUAGCAUUGUGCUUUUCCCCAAAGUUCCAGAUGGUUUAAAGACUCCAACAGGAGAUGAAGCUUACAAUGAGAAUGGCUUAGUCCAGCGGUCAAUUCGGUUGCUCAAAGACAAGUUCCCUGAUCUUGUAAUCUACACUGAUGUUGCUUUAGAUCCCUACUCAUCUGAUGGGCAUGAUGGUAUCGUUAGGGAAGAUGGAGUUAUAUUGAAUGAUGAGACAGUACAUCAAUUGUGCAAACAAGCUGUUGCCCAGGCGCGAGCCGGAGCAGAUGUUGUCAGUCCUAGUGACAUGAUGGACGGUCGUGUUGGAGCAAUUCGGUCUGCUCUUGAUGCUGAAGGCUUUCAUCACGUUUCUAUCAUGUCUUACACAGCAAAGUAUGCAAGUUCAUUUUAUGGUCCAUUUCGAGAAGCACUAGACUCAAAUCCACGAUUUGGUGACAAAAAGACUUAUCAGAUGAACCCGGCAAAUUAUAGAGAAGCUUUAGUCGAGACCCGUGAAGAUGAGGCUGAAGGAGCUGAUAUCCUGUUGGUGAAACCUGGUCUGCCGUACUUAGAUAUCAUAAGACUACUCAGAGAUAACUCUUCUUUACCUAUUGCUGCAUAUCAGGUAUCAGGUGAAUAUGCAAUGAUCAAGGCUGGUGGAGUACUCAAAAUGAUCGACGAAGAAAAGGUUAUGCUCGAAUCGUUGAUGUGCCUUCGACGGGCCGGUGCUGACAUCAUUCUGACAUAUUUCGCCUUACAAGCUGCCAAGUCUUUAUGUGGAGAAAAGUAAGAGAAGAAGAGAAGGAGCUUGUUGAACUUAGAAGAAGGGAAUUACAAUUGUGAUUUGAUCAAAUAAUAAUGUAAUUGUAAUAUUAGAACUUGAAAAUGGUAGGAUUAACAAUGCGGUUUGUAGUUUUGCAGUAUUGAGAGUUAGGACUUGUUUGAUUAACAGUUAAGUAGUGUUGUGUUGUUGUCAUAUUGAUUGUAUUUUAGUAUUUUGUACUGUAAAUUAUUGACUAGACUACACAGACUACCUACCUACCUACCAAACAUAGCCCAAACCCCUAAGUUAUUUGUUCAUGCAUAUUUGUUGUGUCAUGUAGAUUGAAGUUUUUUCUUCA